UUGUCAGUACAGAGUGAGUAAGCUCAGCAUGUCUACUGAAGUGGUCCAAAACACACUUAUAGAGGCUUUGAAAGAACUGAUCGGAUUUGGUAGAACAGCUUUGGAAAAUGUAGAAAAGGACGUUGCCAAAGGUGGUUCUUUGGAAGAAAUUACCGAUAAGAAAAUUCGUCCUUUAUUUGGCCUGAUGUCAGCAGGUUUCAAGUUCUUUAACAGUCUGGGUGUGAAAAACCAAAAGGAAGCAGAAAGUUUAUGGGAACAGUUUUUUCAAAACACUGAGGUUCGAGAUAAUGUUGAAGCCUUACUGCAACUGGAAGUGGAGUGGGAUAGUUUUUUGAAACGUCUGGAUGUUCAGAUGCAGAUGAGCGACACAGUUCUUUCCCAGAGUCCUGCAGUCCAGACACUCAGCUCAGAUACACGGUUUAUACACGUCCAGACUAAAGAGAAUGUGUCUCUGGAUCAGUAUUUGGGGAAAGGAGAAAAUCUCCUCCUUGUGUUGCUCCGGCAUUUUGGAUGACAGCCAUGACGAGACCACCUGACUGAGCUGAAAGAAAGCAAGAAGCUUCUGGAUGCUCAGUCAUUGCGGGUGCUGAUGGUCUCGUAUGGUUCUCUUGAAGGGGCAACAUUCUGGCUUGAGCACACAGGCUAUGAAUUUGACAUGCUGUUGGAUGCAGAGAGAGUGGUGUAUCGAACGUUCGGUCUGGGUUCCUCCAUCAGCAAGGUGAUGAAGUUUAAGUUAAUGCUGCACUACUCUGAAAUUCUGGGGAGCCGACAGUCACCCGAUGUGCCACCUCAGUUCAUCGAUGAUCUCUUUCAGAUGGGUGGUAAUUUUGUCCUGGACCAGGAUGGUAAAGUGAUAUUUUCCUACCGGUGUAAAAGCCCUGUGGACAGACCAUCAGUUACACAGAUCCUGGCUGCCGUCUCUGCUCAUUCUUAACGUUCCUCGAGAAGUCCAGGAGAAAAAGGUUGGCUCCACAGAUGGACAGCUCCCCCAGAGGUUGUAUGGAUGAAGAUCUGACUCAAAAUCAUACACUUAUGAAGUGUCAUUUCUGAUGGGCAUUUACACCCUCUGGUCAUCACAGCUUCUCAUCUGUUGAGUUACAGUUGCACAGACCUGUCUGACCUCUAUAUAACACAAUAACUAUUGUCUUAGUUAAAUGAAAUCAGAUUAUUAACUUCAUUUACAUGAAUUUUACAGUUAUACAAGACAUAUGAAAUGUGAAAUAAUCCUAUUAAGCUGUUUAAUCACUUUACUGUAAAGGGUACAUGUUUACAAAAACAUAAAAUAUCUAACUGAUUUAAUAUAUAUAUAGGUUGGAAUUUCUUUGAUUAUUGAAAUCCACAUUGAAUAAAGAGCUGGAUGUCAGCCAGAAUGAGAGGUUAUCCACCUUUCAACAUAGCUCAAGAGUCUUAUUUCACUUUAAACCCGCUUCAAUAGUUGCCAAGUGAUUGAAGCUUUGAAAACAAAUACAGGGUUGAAACAUAGAAGGUUGAAGUCAUAAUUCUGAAGAAUUUUAGAACAAUAAAGAACAAGAAGAAAACAAAUUUCUGUUACGGUUUUGAACACGCGUCUAAAAAAGCACUGAUAUAAUGUCAGAACCAGGGCAAAUGCA